AUGAGGAUGGUAAUGAAUAGAAAGACGUUUAGCGCUUCAGUGAGACGCGAUUCUGCCGAGACUAGCCCUAAUUUGGCCAGUAUGGCCGUUGGGCUGAUGUCAGCACGCUGUAUGAUUUACCUUAUGGGCACAGCGGCGAUAGGGCGCUCAGGCGGCCUAACUGAACCGGAAGCCCGGCGCAAAUGUUUACCGCUAGUUGACCCGUUGCCGUCUCACCAGUUGCCUAGGCAGCCGGAUCUUCACCUGACUCUGGCAUAG